AUAUCAAAUUAAGUUGUCAGAGGGAACGACUUACGAUGGAAAGUGAGAGGAGACCUAGUAGGAGUGAUCUUCAUCUAUCUAAGGAAGAAGAGGCAAAGAUGGAAGAGCAAGCUAGAGGUUAUUUUGAUGGAGUCGCACCAAAACGCCACACAAAACCUCAACGCAGUGAAUUCUCAACUGGAUAUGUUGAUGCCCUCUCCCUUAAUGGUGUCAUCCCUGAAUAUAUCCACUUUCAACAACUGGAAAAUGAUCCCCAGAAAGUAUUGUGCGAUGGAGGUAAAGUGACGGAGGAAUUUGUGGAAACAGAGUACUACAAGGAUCUCAACUGCGUUGACAAGCAACACCACACCACUGGAACAGGAUUCAUUACGAUGGAGAACUCCAAUGGGAGAUCCUUCAACCUGAAACCUGAUUCUGCAAUCACUUCUCACGCCUCUUGCAAAGGAAACCCAGCAACUAAUGACUGGAUUCCAUCUCCUGCUGAUGUGCAAUGGUGAAUUAUUUCCUUUUAAGGUCUCGACUCCGGAUUCGGUCAAGCCUAAGAGGAGCGAAAGUUGAAAUGAAAGGGUUCAUCGGAUUUUCUGGUGCAAAGACCAAGAUGUUGCCCCCUGCUUCUUAUUGGGGUUUUGUUUCCAGCGUCAAAGGCUUAUCAUUUAUGCUUCUCUAGGGGUACGUUUGAGUACAAUGUAGCCAACGAUUGCCUUUGGUAUUUGUAUGAUAAUAAAAGAUUGUUCCUGGAGAGGUUCAAUAAUUGCAUAA